AUGGCUGACUACAAAGAGCAUUAUGACAACGUAAGUGGUAACUAUGACUAUAAUUACAGCGAUCCUGACCUAUCUGACAGCAUGGCACCUGAGAUUCAACCGACCCAAGUAGUAAGUCUGGUCUGUUACGGCCUUGUUUCUCUACUGGGUGUUCCUGGAAAUGGCCUGGUGAUCUGGGUUACAGGUUUCAGCAUGCCCCGCUCUGUUACCUCCAUGUGGUUUCUCAAUCUCGCUGUGGCUGAUUUUCUGUGCUGCCUUUCUCUUCCAUUGUUAAUGGUUCCUUUGGCCCAUGAUAACCACUGGCACUUUGGUCCACUGGCCUGCAUGCUGGUCAAGGGCUUGUUCUACCUAGUGAUGUACUGCAGUGUCCUGCUGCUGGUAGUGAUCAGUCUGGACCGGUGGUUGCUGGUUACUAUACCUGUCUGGUGCCAGAAUCACAGGCGGCCUAGGGAGGCUGCUUGGCUGUGUGUCGGUGUGUGGUGCUUGGCCCUGCUAGGCAGCAUUCCCCAGUUUGUCUACACCAAGCAGAUAAAAUACGGUGAAAAGAAGGUGAUAUGUACUGGAAGGUAUACUCUGCACAGUGCCUGGAUAAUCACCACCUUCCGCUUCCUGGCUGGAUUCCUUCUUCCGUUCCUGACAAUUGUAGUCUGCCAUUUGAAAGUGUAUGUGAGAGCGACCCAAGGGAUGCAAUGCAGGGCCCGGUCCCAACGGACACUGAGGGUGAUUGUUGCCGUGACAUUGAGUUUCUUUUUCUGCUGGCUGCCGCUGCACAUUUUGGACUUUAUUGUGUUGGUGACCUCCUUGGUCUCUCCAUGGAUGCCCACAAUUUACUGGGUACACUCUCUAGCACUCUGCCUGGCAUACUUCAACAGCUGCCUCAACCCCUUGCUCUAUGUAUGUCUGGGCCAAGGCUUCAAAGACAGCAUGAACCGCUCCUUGCGCAGCGUCCUCCAAUUCAUCAGCGAAGAGCCUAGGGCCAGAGCAAGCAUCACCAACAACACAAACACCAAUAGCAGCGCAAUGAGACUGGAGGCAACCACCACCUGA